AUGGCGGGUGUCGAAAACAAUUUUUAUGGUUCCGUAAGAGUUGGUCAAAAAGUGAGUAUUGGGGCAUUUGAUGGGUUUGCUCGCUAUGUUGGUCCAAUCCCCGGAACAGAUUCUAUAUGGGUGGGAGUUGAAUGGGACGAUUCAAACAGAGGUAAACAUGAUGGAAUUCAUAACGGUAUCAGAUAUUUUAAAACUCUACAUCCUAACGGGGCAUCUUUUGUACACUUAGAAAAAGUAAUACCUCACAACGUUAGUUUUAUAAAUGCUUUUCAAAGUAAAUAUGGCCAAAAUUGUGGUAAUAAUAUUCAUCAGGAGAUAAUUGCAUUGAUGAAACAGUCUAAAAUGCCAUCAUUUGAACUAGUUGGAAUGCAAAAAAUUCAGAAAACACAAGCAUGUUUUGAUAAAUUAACUCAUGUAUGUCUAAGUCAUCAUGGUAUAACAUGUGCGGGCAAUCCAAACGAAAUACAAGAUUGCUGUCCAAAUAUUGUGAAUUUAGAACUUUGUAAUAAUUGUUUUACUGAUUGGGGAACAGUAUCAGAAAUAGCUCAACAGUUAAAACAUUUAACAACUUUGAAUUUAAGCUUUAAUAAUAUAGAUUUGCCACAAGAACCAAAUAAUCAAUUAAAGGAAUCUUUUAAAUGCUUGAAGAAAAUUGUUUUAGGUAAACUUAAUUAUAGCUGGCAUGAGAUCAUGUGUUUAUGUGAAGCAUUUCCAGUACUUGAAGUAUUAGAGGCCCCUGAUAACAAUAUAGAUAGACUUGAAACACAUUCAGCAGUCAUGGAGAAUCUUUUGUACUUAAACCUGGAAAAUAAUAAUUUAUCAUGGUCAGAAAUCAAUAAAUUGCGCUAUUUACCAAAAUUACAAACUUUAAAUGUCAAUCGUAAUGGAAUAAAAGACAUUCAAAUUGUACCGUCAUCGUUUCCUUCACUUGAAUUUCUGAUGAUCAGUGAUAAUGACUUAUUACAUUUUGAAUCAUUAUGUGAGCUUAAUAAAUUGCCAGCAUUAUGUUCUUUAAGAAUUCAAAAUAAUCCUCUAAUUAAGGGUAUGAGUGUAAGCAAUUACACCUUACAAAUAAUAGCAAGAAUUGCCAAUUUGAAGACGUUAAAUGGAACUAUGAUAACUCUUAAAGAACGACAAAAUAAUGAAAGAGAUUUCUUAAAGGAUUUGGACAUGAUAUGGCAUAGACAGUUAAAAAGUGUAGAAGAAAGAGCUGCAUUUUUGACAAAACAUCCACGAUAUAUGGAACUCAUUGCUAAAUAUGGUUCUGAUUACUCGGAAGACCUGAACACGUCAAACAAAAUAAAAACAAUAAAAAUUAGAAUUGUGAACUUUUGCAAAGAAACCAGUACAGAAAAGGAUGUAAUAAUAAAAACACUUCCAAUUACUAUGACACUUAAUCGUUUAAAAGAUCUUGGAAAACGUAUAUUUGGUCUAGGCAAUAAACAACUAGAAUUCUCAUACCUAACAAAAGAGAAACCAGAUAUUGAAUAUACCAUGGAAAACAUGAAUCAAACAUUAGAUUAUUAUUCUGUUGAAGAUGGAAACACAGUAUUAAUUAAAUGGUAA